AUGCUGUCACUUCGAAUGCUACACUUGCGCAGCUCUCUUGGAUUAUCGAAGGUAUCACAGCAUUUGCGUGUCCAUCAUAAUGUUAAGCUGCUGUCAUUGCACUCAAAGACACAAUACUUUUGGUUGGGUUCGUUUUCUACCCGAAGUAAUUCUUCGACGUCGGUCGUAUCAAAGUCUGCAAAUGGUCCUCAUACUCACGCCACGACCGCUGGUAACUCUAAAUUAACGGUGGAUCAAAUUUUAAACCACGUAUCUAUUAUGGAGCAAUGGACAUGUAGUGGCUGUGGUAUCGAGCUGCAAUAUAACGAACCCAAGCAGAUUGGUUACUUUCCAAAGCAAGUGCUGACUAAUGUGCUGGACCUUAAGGAUCUCAAACGACUGCGCUGCGAGCGGUGCUUUCAGAUGACUCAAUACGGCAAGAUUUCGGACACUAGAAUACCAUAUCAGGAAUAUGAGCGGCGCGUUAUGGAGCUGCGCAACAAGGAUAUCCUAAUGAUCCAGUUGGUAGACAUACUCGACAUCUCUGGGAGUUUGUUACCCAAUGCACGCCACAUCUUUGGAAAGAAGCCGGUUAUGCUUGUGGUCAAUAAGGGCGACUUGGUACCGACAAAGUCAGGGAUUAGGAGAUUGAUGAGAAGAAUUAAGCAGGAAGCCAAGGAGGCAGGUAUUGACAACAUCAUCUCUAUCUAUCUCGUUAGUGCUCUGAAGCGCAUUGGUAUGAAGGAAAUUAUUGAAGAUGUAGCCAAGUAUCGUCAGGGUCGUGAUAUCUGUGUCGUGGGCGCUGCGAAUGUUGGCAAGUCGACGUUUCUAAAUUCUUUUUUGUCUCACUUAGUAGACCGAAAGUGGCAACACAAUCACCGUAAAUAUAUGAAAAUGCCCGAGGUGCAAGUAUCCGAGCUGGAGGAUGAGGAGAAAGCUACGAUGUUAAACAUUGAUGAUGAAACAAUAGCUGAGGUCAAGACUCAGACAGCAGCAAUUGGUGGUGAGCAAACAGUGGUGACUCCGUACGGGGAGUUGUAUGUUGCCUCCGGUGAAGAUCCAGAAAUGAUCGAAAUGAGUUCGGAAGAGGAUCGAGAGAUGACAACAUCACCACUACCCGGCACAACACUGGCCGUGCAGUCCCUGCCAGUCAUGGUGCGGAAUGAGGUGUUCAAUAUUCUCGACACGCCUGGUUUGAUCACGGAUGCAAAGCGACAAAAGCUCAUCGAGGUUCUUGCAUUGGAUGGAGCUGCUAAACUCAAAAACGUGUUUCCCGCGAAGAAUCUACCAGUGACGACAUAUCGCGUUCGUCCCGGUCGAAGCCUGUUCUUAGGAGCUCUCGUGCGUUUCGACUACGAAAAUAUCGGAAAUGAGAAAAACAAGAACAAUUUGCUGCUAUCUUGGUAUGGUGUGCUGCCUGGACAUCUUACAAGCACUGAACGCGCCGAGGCAACUUUUGUGAAACAUGCUGGUGGUAUCCUUUCACCACCAAGGGGUUUGGACGCAAUGAGCUUUACCGGUCCACUCACGCUAUCGCAGAAUCUGUACUUGAAAGAUUACACGCUCGGUAGCGUUUUGACAAAGUCUAAACCGAGGAAACCGAAGCGUACAACAGUCGUGGAGCUAGAAAUACCAGGUUUUGGUUGGCUCGCUGUUACGGCUGUGGACUUAGAUGGCACGACAGCGUCUCAAAAGACGUUAAAUCAAGGAAAGAUCUCAAUCCAUACGUGUCGGGGUCUUUCUGUCGUGCCGCGUACGCCGCUUUAUCCGUAUGAAUUGUCAGAUUCGAAAAGUACAACCUGGAAACGUUAG